AUGCUUCCCGCCCCAUCCUCCCCUGAAACCCUCUUUUUUCCUCUUGCCGCCGCCGUUGUCGACGCAAACACACUUCUCCUCGCCGUUGACACCGCAAUCGACUCCUUGUCUUUCCUCUGCCAGUUCCGCGACUCAACGUGCUUCAUCCAAUACGAGCAAAUUGCGCCGGCGAGAACCACAAGUCCGCAUAUACUGAGAGGAAGAAUGAUGAACAUCCCAGGUCCAGAGCGCCCACUUCCCUCUUCACCAAGCGAUUCACAUAGCGGAGGCGGCACAGGCAGCGCCAUGAACUCUUCCAUGGGUCACUCACAGCGUACCGAACGUGGGCAUGAUCAAAGGCUCGACAUUCUGGAACUUGUACUCCAAGACUUUCUCGGUAACCCGACUCACGACCGGCCGAAGACCCCCUAUACUCGCUUGCUGCGCUUCUUACAUAGGUCUGCGUCACAGAAACCUGGCUCUCAGUCCCAGAACAUAUAUGCGAUGCAGUCAAUGCAAAACUCCACUCCAAAUCGCAGGUCACAGAAUACACAACUGGACUAUAAGAACGGCUCCGGUUCUCUUCUCGCUCUAUUGCAGCAGCUGGUGCAUGCGGACCAACCUCGACAUAACAGGAAUAGCUCUAGAUCUUCGCAAACGACCCCUGGAGGCGCAAACAUCUAUCUGGAGCAAAUUGCAUCCGUAAUAUCAGACUGGCUUCAAUCGGACGAGGUAGACGAUCCGCCUGGAGAGCAAACAUCGUCUCACGGUCGUAGUUCUAGAUCUCGCCGUCCUAGAUCACAAGUUGUACAUAUGGACGGGAAUCACAUCAAUAUCAACAUUGGCAGUUCAUGCACAGAAUCACGACCGUGCUCUAGAGGCGACCAUGGUAGAGGGGUUGUUGUUCAGCCGCAAGGAGCGGACGUUGAGCCUAUACCACCACUCGUAGCGGCUCAGGCCGCGGCUGUUCAGCCUCCAGCAACUCCACCUCCAGCAGCUCCACCUCCAGCAACUCCACCUCAAGCAGCUCCGAACUAUGCAGCUCAGGAUGAUCUAGCUCAGGAUGAUCUAGCUCAGGAUGACGCAGCUUUACGUAUCAUCGCAGUCUUCAAUGCCACCGGAAACAAGCCACAUCUAUUCAUUCACCUUCGAUCAUCUGAUAGCUAUGAGGAGGUCAAUGUGAAGCUCUAG